GACAGCGACACCGUGACAACCGACCGAUAUCUUGACAUUUAACGGCAAACGGGAAUGCGCAUGUAAAUAUGCAGUUGAGUUUGAUUUUGCGCGCCCACUAAGUGAAACGAAGGGCACGAGCAAAAACAGGACACGGAAGAAGACUGGGGUGGCGCAGAAUCGAAUAAACUCAGGAUCUUGAAAGUUGCGGUUAUUUCCAACCCUACCGAGUUCGUUUAUAACGGACGGUUCGAUGAAUGCUCGAAUCUAUUAAAGAGGUUAAUUGACAGAAAGAAGACCGUGGAGGGUGGGCAGAUUUCAACUGCUAUGAGGAUUCUCAAAUUCUUCAUGGGGUACAGUUGCAGAACGCUAUGAACGCUGCCUGCUGUGUGACGUUGGUUUUGUUUGAAGAAGUUGCAUGAAACUGGUAACUCCCACUCUGGGCCAGACAUGUCUGUGAUAGUGGGAGAGGGGCGGUUCAUAGUCCAGAGGGUCACCAGAAGCAUCACCUACUACUACACCAGCCGGACACCAGGGGGCGAUACCCCUGCCCCCUCUCCUCCCACCAUCUCCCCCACCUCCUCCCAUCUAGACGCUCCUUUUCCCUCACCCUCGUACUCCCUCUCCACCCCCUUGCUCCCAGACUUGCCCUCUCACCACGACGUUUCCUCAGUUCUCACCCAUUCCACUUUGGAUGUACCAACCCUCUCUCCAUCCUCGCCCUCCUCCUCCCCCCGUCCACUCCUCCUGCUUUUCCCGUGGCUGGGCGCCCGACUGGGGGCCAUGGCAAAGUACCGGGACCUCUACCUGGAGCGCGGCCUGGACAUCCUAUCUGUGGAGAGCACUGUGUGGCACUUCCUGUGGCCUCGCUGGGGGCUGGAGUAUGGGGCUGAGGUCCUGGAGGUCCUGGGAGACCCGCGUUUCAAAGGUCGCCCCCUUCUGGUCCACACCUUCUCCAUCGGCGGGUACACCUUCACCCAGCUGCUCAGCCAGAUGGUCAGGGAGCCACACAAGUACCCAGGCCUGGCCCAACGGGUCGUAGGACAUGUCUAUGACAGCAUGGUGGUUGGGUCGCUGGAGCAUAUGGCUAAAGGUCUGGGUCUGACCCUGUUCCCUCAUAUCGAGCCCCUGGUGCGAUACACCGCUCUGCUCUACUUCUGGCUCUUGAAGUCCCAGACGGUGUACUACUACGACAAGUCAAUCCAGGUCUUCUACAACAGCCCCGUCACCGCCCCGGCGCUCUUCUUCUUCUGCGAGAACGACGCGCUGUGCGACCCCGUCGCCAUGGAGGCGGUCCUCGACUUCUGGAGGAAGCGGGGCGUUGCUGUGGAAACCAGGAAGUGGAAGGAGUCUGUGCACGCUGCUCAUCUGCGCUGUCACCCGGAGGAGUACCUCUCAACACUGGAGACAUUUUUUCACUCGCUCAACAUCGCCCCCCUCAGGGCUAAGAUGUAAAUGGUUCAUGUGCUAAUCACAUUGAGGGGUUUGAUAAUUCAAUAAAUCCGGCAUACUCAUGCUCCAAAACAAAUGUUAGAACAGAUGUUAUAACAAUAUUAUAACAUAGUAUAACAUAGUGUAGUCAUGUAGCAUGUAAACGUUUAUCCAUAGAAACUUGUUUGACACAUACUCAGCAUAUGGGUCACGAGGGUGUCAAACCCUCAACACACUAGUUUUACUUCCCUGUUGCUAUAAUAACAACAUAUCCAAUCCUAACUCCUAGCAUGUGUUUUGACUGUGCUACGCAUUAUUAUCUAUUUGUACAGAUAUAGGAUCUUAAUUUGACCUGCAUUGUCGUAGCAAAAUAAUGAAUGUUUAGUCCAUAAUGUUUCUUGAUCAGUGGUCAGGCUAUUAAAAGUUGGCAGUACGGUUAA